AUGUUGAACAGGAGUUUAGUCAAAGUGGGCCGACUAGAAAGUCCGGGUUUGGCCCACCAUUUGUUGCCAGAAACUCAUAAUCAUCCUCGAAACACUCAUUUGUUGAUACAUCCGAACAUCGCACCUACUAAUGACUAUGAACUCCCAAACGAUGAAUCCGGGCAACAAUCACAAGGCCCAAGUUCCAUCUCCACGAAAGGGGCAACGAAACUCCAAAGACGGGGCGAGGUCCAGGAGUGCAAAUGGUUGCUGGACUUGUCGUUUACGCAGAAAGAAGUAAUUCAAACUCCAAUAAUCCGUAUCUACAACAUUGACUUACAAUUGUUUAGAUGUGAUGAAUCAGGCCCUGAAUGCCUCGUGUGUCGAGAGAGAGGUCUCCAGUGUGCCGGAUUUGGUGCACUAAAACCAUCAUGGAUGGAUGGUGGCGUGCAACAAGAGGCUGUUCACCAGGACAUUAAAGCUACAGUUGCAUCCGUGACGCGGAUGAAGCGCAUGAUGAAGCUAGUCAAGUCCCGGGAGAAGGUGUCACCGCCGUUGAGAAGCAUUUCAAUACCCUCGGAGUUAUUGGAUAGUGGCAGAAGCUCCGUAUCGUUGCCUGAUAACUGCUCUUCUGGUGCUCCAAGCCGAGCAACUUCCUUGGGGCCAGUUACCUCAAAUUCUUUUCAGGCCCAGAACCCGCACGAAUGGACUCCGGAAGCAUCUUUUAAUUGGAACUUAAACAAUAACUUCAACAUGAUUCCAUAUAAUGGUGGCGAGGACACUACAAGUAUCAGCAAUCUCCAGGACACUUCCAUGGAAUACAACUUCCACGCGCAACCCUUUUCAACUGAUGGGGCGAAUUGUUAUCUUCCUCCCGGGACGAACCCCCAAGAAAUGUUUUCCUAUUACACUCCCGACUUGGUCAGCUAUGCACCUCCGUACGAAGUUUCUGGGGACGCCAUAAACUAUCUCGUCGCUUCACAUGGGCCUGUACUCGCCAGUUCGCCAGCAGUGUCUAGCUCGGUUCCCAACUGCCACCUUUUACCAAAGAGGCAAUGUACUCCAAGCCAGCUCCAACAUGUAUAUAGCAGGGAAGGUGGAACAAUAAAUGGGCAGAUAAUCCAACACAACCCAAAUAUUUUGGAGACAUCUCAAUCAAAUAUACCCCUCUCUCCUGUCAGCGAACAGUCAUCGCUGUGGGCUGCGGAUACCAGGACAUACACCCCAGCAUCUUCUCCCCCGCAGGUCCAAGACCUCCGCUUGUCCAGCCAAAUUGGAAUCCACCCUCCGUUUACCGGGGCUGACUCCCAUGCCGUUAAGUACUCGUCGAUGCCCAUAGACCGGUCUGCGGGCACAGCGAAAUCGGGCUAUCGUUGGCCUUAA